AUGUCUGGAUCGGAAUUUUCUUUCAGUGAGGAGGGCUACUCGUCUUUCGAUGAGGAUGAUGGGUAUCAGCUGAGCAUAGGAGAUACAGACGUCGCGUUUGAUCCAGAUGCGUCCCAGGUAGAGGUCAAAUAUUCCUAUCCAGAUGCAACCACUUCCACGAAGGUGCCCAUCAACAGGAUCAAAUAUCAGGCUCUUUCAUAUGAUGAUGUGGACGCACUUCUAACCGAGAAGAUCAAGAGCGUGAAUGGAAUCUUGCAAGUGGGCGAUGACGAAAGCAUGGUCUUGCUUCAAAAGUUCAACUGGAAGGUGGAGAGAUUAUUAGAAAAAUUUCUUGAUAAUCCUAUCAGAACCUACGAUUCGGUUGGUUUGAACUACAAUGCUGUUAGAGUGCAGCCUGAGAAGUUGAUCGUGGUGGACCCUCACUUUUUCUGUCCCAUUUGUUGCUCGGAGGGUUCCGAAGAAAAUCCGUUGACUACUUUCCAUUCGGGUGGUUGCGAUCAUAGAUAUUGUGUAAAUUGCUACGCGACCUUUUUGAAGGAAAAAACCACACUCACGUGCAUGGAUACGGAGUGUCAUAGCGUGAUUUUACCCAGUGAGCUAAAAUCUCUGAGCGACUGCAUCUUGAACGCAGAGUCGGUACUGGGGGAUGCUAGCAACGGCCUUGCUGCCUCCAAAACUGAAGCUUCUGCUGAUUUCUAUGGGUAUGCUUCUGAUAGUGCCACCACACGUGGUAAUGACUAUUCUGAUGACGAAGAUGCUGCUGAGCUCGAUUCGGAUGGUGAGGAGAUAGAAGAGCAGCGAUAUUUGGUGGAGUACAGAAAGAGAAAGUUAGAAAAGGCCGUUCAGGAUAAAGAAAAGCAGAGAAACAAGUCUCUGUAUUCUCGGUACAGAUCAAAGAUCAUGAAGGAUCAUGUUUCGCAGCAGGCAGAUUUCAGACUGUGUCCAGCGUUGGAUUGUCCCGGGAUCGUGAGGUUUAUUGAUUUCGAUUCAAAUAGCGCUUCUAGCGGUAUCACCGGGUUGGAGCAAUUUGCUAACCAGCAUCGGUCUUUCCCCAUAGUGGAGUGUUCGUAUAACCACUUUUUCUGCUUUUAUUGCAGUAAGGACAACCAUGUUCCAAUACCGUGUCCGAUAGUAAAGGCCUGGAUCAAGAAGUGCAAAGACGACUCGGAAACUGCAAAUUGGAUAGACAACAAUACCAAGCCAUGUCCACAAUGUGAUACCAACAUCGAGAAGAACGGUGGAUGUAACCAUAUGACGUGCAAGACGUGUUGUCACGAGUUCUGUUGGAUUUGCAUGGGCUUGUGGAAGGACCAUAAGGAUUUCUAUAAGUGCAACAGAUACCAGGAGGUCAAGGAUGAUUCACCGCAAAAGGAGAACUCACGGAGAUAUUUGGAGAAGUACCUUUUCUAUUACAACAGAUUUGCAGCCCACCAAACCUCCUUCAAGAAGGACCGUGAAUUUUGUUCCAAGCUGGAUUUUCUCAUUCAGAAGGUCCAAAAGAGAAACAAGGUGUCCUGGAUUGAGACACAAUUUUACGAGGAAGCAGUCAGGAUUCUCCUGAAAGGAAGACACACACUAAUGUGGUCGUACGCGUUUCUCUACUAUGUGGAGCCAUGUCGUUUGAAACAUCUGAUUGAAGACUCGCAGUUUGAAUUAUCCAAAGCUGUUGAGAGUCUCUCCAAGUUAAUCGAGACAGUUAAGCCCGAAAACAUCAUCAAGUACCGCCAGAGGUUCAUUAAGGAAUCAGGUCUGUUGAAAAGCCACAAGUACGCCCUUGUCGAUAUAUGCCUCGAUGCUCUGGCCAGUGACGAACUGUUAAUUUCGAUCCCAACUUGA